AACAUUUGGGACCUGCGCGAGGAGACGCUGCUUCAGACCAUCAAGAUGAAGUUCCCGUUCAUCGGUGCACUCGGCAAGAAGCUAGAAUUCGGCGCCUACUGCAUACACCCUGGACCACCUCGGAUGAAAGAGAGCACAGACGAGCCUCAGCAGUCUCCGACGAGACGCGGCUCCCAAGUGUACCGCGGAUCCACUGGUGGUCUACUGCUAGAAGAUGACCAGACCUCUGAAAGCUUAUUUGGCGAUAUUAAAUCAGACCCUGAGUACAUGCGUUUCAACGUGUCAGAGAUAUUAGUGACGUGUUGUUCGCACGUGUGCCGCGUGUCGCUGAGCGCGCGCCCGCCGCACCCCGCGCGCCCCGCGCUGCCCCCGCCCGGCGACGCGCUGCGCCCGCGCCGCCCCUCCUACUGGGACCUGCCUGAUGAUUUCCUUAAUGAUAACGAACGUGUGAUGCCCAGGAAUCACAAAGACGUGGAGCCGAAAGACAUCAGCCGUCUGCUAGAGGGUGCCGGUCUUCAAGGACUUCUAGAGAAAAAUUUUGUCCUCAUGCAAGGUAUUAAGAAUGAUCUCAAUAAGAAAUUGCAUCAUAUGAAGACGGACAUGGAUACGAGAGUUCCCUCCUCCGAGUGUGGCGUUGACGUCGUCUGCGAGCUCCAACUCCACGCCUGCUCACACCAGAACUGUCAAGCCUUGAUAGCAACGUGACAAACAGGAGCUAAUGUUGAGAUUAGUGCGACUAAUCUGACCUGGGCAUAAGUGAAAAAAACGCAAUAGUAUAUAAUAUAUAACUACCUCCACUCUAUGUUAGAAAAUCUUUACAAAAUCCUUGUCAUGUUACAUCUGUCUUGUGUUACUUUUAUGUUCAAGUAAGUUUUACAUAUUUUCCGAUAGCACAAUGCCGGCGCCACUUUUAACGAGACAAAUAAGUUUAUCGCACUAUAUCUAUACCGUUGUUGCCCCUCAGGAGGUCGCAAUGAAGAAAAAUUAUACACAUUUAGUAUAUCUUAAUUAUGAUUGAGUUUCUAAGUAUUAAAGAAUGUUAUGUAAAUUAAAAAAGAUAAGAGAUAUAAAUUUGAAUACACAAGACUACGCUGAGCUGUCACAUACAAAUGUAAUAAAAAAUCUUACUUCCAUAACAUUC